AGCAGAAAUUUCUUGAAUUCAAAUUUUUUAAAAACCCAAUUGGUCAUGUUUGUCAUUAUCCACAUUCAUACAUUAUUAACACAAUGUUAUGAAUAUUGACAUUUGAGCUUUAUUUUUUUUAAUUUUCAUAUUCUCAUCGACCGAGUCACCAAAUGUCAACCGUUCCUUUGAUUUUAAGAUUGAAAUCUAUAGUACACUGUUUUUAAUUUGGAUAAUAAAACUGUGACAAUUGCUAGUCUUUAUCCACAUAAAAAAAACAUUACCUCUAAAGAUAUUUAUAUAUGUAUAUGUAAUAUUUUUUUUAAAUAUUAUUCAGGGGCGUGAGGCUACCGAAAAUUAUGCCUUCAAAAAGCAUAUUUUUUUGUUUUUUUAAGCCAAGCAUUUAUUGAUUUAAGUGAAAGUUGUUUUUAUUGAAUACAAUUACUCUACACCAGUAGGGGUCGGUGCAGUGUAAGCCGGGCGGUGCCCGAAGGACUGACUGUUGUUUGUGCCUAUGCACCAAACAGCAGUUCAGAGUACCUGCCCUUUUUGGAGUCCUUAGAGGGGGUGCUGGAGAGUGCUCCCGCUGGGGACUUUUUUUGGGCCUGUGGGACUCCUGAGGCAGCUGAUGGGUAACGGCUGGCCAAGCGGAAUGCAGCCGCAUUCGUCGGGAAACGAAUCUCUGAUUCAGGAGAAGCAGUGUGGUUUUCGUCCUGGCCGUGGAACAGUGGACCAGCUCUUCAUCCUCAGCAGGGUCCUCGAGGGAGCUUGGGAGUUCGCCCAACCAGUCUACAUAUGUUAUGUGGACUUGGUGAAGGAGUUCGACCAUGUCCCUCGUGGAGUCCUGUGGGGGGUGGUUGGAUCUCUGCUUUUUGCAGAUGAUUGGGUUCUGUUGGCUUCAUCAGGCCGUGAUCUUCAACUAUCACUGGAGCGGUUCGCAGCCGUGUGUGAAGCGGCUGGGAUGAGAAUCAGCACCUCUAAAUCUGAGACCAUGGUCCUUAGUUGGAAAAGGGUGGAGUGCCCUCUCCAGGUUGUGGAUGAGAUCCUUCCCCAAGUGGAGGAGUUCAAAUAUCUUGGGGUCUUGUUCACGAGUGAGGGAAGAAUAGAACGCGAGAUCGAAAGGCGGAUCGCAGUGAUGCAGACUUUGUAUCGGUCCUUUGUGGCGAAGAAGGAGCUUAGUCGAAAGGCGACGCUCUCUAUUUACCGGUCGAUUUACGUUCCUACCCUCACCUACGGUCACAAGUUGUGGGUCAUGACCGAAAGAACAAGAUCCCGAAUACAAGCGGCCGAAAUGGGUUUCCUCCGCAGGGUGUCCGGACUCUCCCUUAGAGAUAGGGUGAGAAGCUCGGUCAUCCGGGAGGAGCUCAGAGUAGAGCGGCUGCUCCUCCACAUUGAGAGGAGCCAGAUGAGGUGGCUCGGGCAUCUGUUUAGGAUGCCUCCUAGACGCAUCCCUGGUGUUCUGGGCACAUCCCACCGGGAGGAGACCCCGGGGACGACCCAGGAUAUGCUGGAGAGACUACGCUUGCCUGGGCACGGGUCAGGAUCCCCUCGGAAGAACUUGAGGAAGUGGCUGUGGAGAGGGAAGUCUGGGCUUCCCUGCUGAAGCUACUGCCCCCGCGACCCGACCUCGGAUAAGUGGAAGGCAAUGGAUGGAUGGAUGGAUUUUUUUUCUACUGAAAAUGACGUCACCAACAGAAAGCGACUCCAAGGAGCAGAUCCUGGAAUUGGGAGCCGUCUUGUUAAAGGAUUUCAUUUACGAGCGAGUCCUUCGGCACGGGGACAACAGCGCCGUGGUGACCCGGGCCCAGCUGGGCGGAGGCGAGCUAUGCGACGCCAACCAAAAGAGGCUGGCCCAGUGCCUGCAGAAGAUCGGAGACGACCUGGACGGCAACGUGGAGCUGCAAAGGAUGAUCAACUGCUCCUCGCUGAAACCCACUAAGGAGGUGUUUGUGAACGUGGCCGUUGAUAUCUUCGCCGACGGAAGGUUCAGCUGGGGCCGAGUGGUCACACUCUUCUACUUUGCCUGUCGACUCGUCAUCAAAGCGCUGCUGAAUAAUAUUCCUGACAUCAUCAGAACCAUCAUCACUUGGACCAUCGACUACCUCCGCGAGCACGUUCUCAACUGGAUCAGGGAGCAGGGAGGCUGGGAGGGUAUUCGCUCUUACUUUGGUACUCCAACAUGGCAAAUGGUGGCUGUGUUCUUGGCGGGGGUCAUCACCACUAUUCUUGUGACUCGUAAAAUGUGAGGAGCCCACUCGCAGGGGGGAAGGAGGUCGAGGAGAACAAAAAAACUUGCAUGAGGACUUUGAUGAACUUGAGAGAUUUUUGUAAGGACCGUGGCGUUGUUGUAGCCUCCCCCCAGUGCCAUUUGAGCUGUAUGCACUAAAGGGGGGGCACACACUCCUGAAGAGGGAAUGCAUUUUAAGUAAUUUAUUUUUUACCUUUUUGGUACAGAAAAAAAAAAGUCACUGUAUUUUUGUUUUCUGUUGUCAUUUGGAGGAUGUUUCCCCCACCUUCAUUUCAUUCAGAAUGCAUCUUCCUCCUAUUUGUCAAAGUGCAAUCAACAUGUUCUAGUAUUUGCUGCUUCCUUUCCUUCAACUAUCCUUAUUCUUCAGGAAGAUUUAAAAAUGUGGCAACUGUUUUCUGUCCUCCUGUAUCCAAAGCAAUAUGUGGACAAAUCACAUGGUUAACAGAGCCUUUCUGUUCUCCUCUAAAAUUGAGUCUGAUUUAUGUAAUGUUUAAUAACACUUGACCAGCAUUUGUAAUAAAGUGUGUGUGUUCGUCUGUGUGUGUGUGGUCACAACACAUGCACAUGCAGAAAGGUUGGGCGUACCUUACGUUUAAAAAGUACAGUACUGUAUUAUUUGUACAAGUCAUUUAAAAUUCAAUUUUCUCUACACAGCAAAAAAAAAAAAAAAAAAAAAACUUUUAUACAUUUGUUUGUCAGUGCCUUGGUCUUGUUUUGUUUUUACACUGAAAUUUUCACCUUUUUCUAUCACAUUUCUAAAAGUUUCAACUUUCAAGUCAUGCCCUGAGGGGGGAGGGGGACAAUCACUUUGAAGUGAGUUUGUAUGUUGUAAUAUGGCUAUUAAAACAUUUAACUCUU